UCACGUGACCGGUUGGGCGCCGACGUGGGCAGCAGCCCCCGCGCCCGCCCGCUCGCCCGCCCUGCGGUCCGGUCCCUGCGCUGUCCGCUCCCAUCGCCUGCGCAGAACCAGCUCCGUGAGCUGCCUGGGUGGCCGGCGAGGGGCGAGCGGGCUUCGGCGAGCCCGAGGAGGCGCAGGCCUGCCCGGGCCCCACAGGUCUGUCUGCCUGUCCCCUGCACUCUGCAAGGCUUUCUAGAAAAGGAGGAAGAACCUGUUUAGAAUCCCUUCAGGACAAGGAAAAGAAGGGAAAAUUCAACAUGGAAAAACUCUACAAUGAAAAUGAAGGAAAGCUGGAAGUUGAGGGAAAGCCUGAAGAUGAAGUAGAGCCUGAAGAUGAAGGAAAAUCAGAUGAGGAAGAGAAGCUGGAAGUGGAGGGGAAGCCAGGGCAUGAGGGAAAGCUCCAGAAUAAGGGACAGCCAGAUAAUGGGGGACAACCAGAAGAUGAGGGAAAGCAAGAAAAGCAGGGCAAGUCUGAAAAUGAGGGAAAACCACACGGUGAGGGCAAGCCAGAAUCCCUGGCAAAGCCUGAGAGUGAGCCACGGGCUGCUGAAAAGCGCCCAGCUGAAGAUUAUGUGCCCAGGAAAGCAAAAAGAAAAACGGACAGGGGGACAGAUGAUUCCCCUAAGGACUAUCAGGAGGACUUACAGGAAAGGCACUUGGGCAGUGAGGAGAUGAUGAGAGAAUGUGGAGAUAUGUCAAGGGCUCAGGAAGAGCUAAGAAAAAAACAGAAAAUGGGUGGUUUUCAUUGGAUGCAAAGAGAUGUACAGGAUCCAUUUGCCCCAAGGGGGCAGCGGGGUGUCAGGGGCAUGAGGGGCGGAGGUAGGGGCCAAAAGGGUUUACAUGAUAUCCCAUAUCUUUAAUGCCUUUGGCCUUCAAUUUUAACUUCUCUAAUGAGAAUAUUGCUGACCAUGCUUUCCCUGACAGGCAUUUGCCAGGCUAUGUGCUUUAACCUUAAGCUGAUACUUUGCUUUAGGUGUCACUCUUGUUACCAGCAGCCUUUUGAUCCAACUACAAUGUUCUCUGUCUUUCAGUAGGGAAUUUUCACCCAUGUGCAUGGAAGAAAUGUUCAUGGUACACUGUAAAAUAACAAUAAAGAAAAUACAGUUUUCAGAACCACA